UAUUUGCAUGUUAUUUGAAUUAAAUUGGCAUAACAAGAAGCAAAAGGAAGAUCGGUCUCUGUGCUGAAUCUCCGAUCAAAGAAGAAACAGAAAUCGAAGACUCUUAUCGUCUUCUUCACUUUGAUUCCUUCGUCCGUCCACACUUUGUUUUUUGAAAAUUGCCCUCAGAAUCAACCACUGACACUGUAUUUUUUUUUAAAAAAUCAUAUUUGGGGUUUUCGAGUUUCAUUGUGUUAAGAAUUGUGCCUGGGAAAAUGGGUCUCUGAUGGAAUGGCAAAAGAAAGUUUAUGUGUUACUGAAGCUUUUCGGUUAUUGAAGAAGAAGAAGAAAAAAACUAUAUGGGGAGUUCACAGCAGUCCGGUAGCUUUGGGGACCCUCAACAAAUCUCCUCUGAUAAUGUUAAUGGUCUUUGCUUGGCUAUUUCUUCUAGUUUAUUUAUUGGGUCCAGUUUUAUCAUCAAGAAAAAGGGUCUUCAAAAAGCUGCUGCAUCUGGCCUCAGGGCAGGCUCUGGAGGUUAUUCUUACUUGAUGGAGCCGCUUUGGUGGGCAGGAAUGAUAACAAUGAUUGUUGGAGAAAUUGCUAACUUUGCAGCUUAUGCAUUUGCACCUGCUGUCCUAGUCACACCUCUUGGUGCACUCAGUAUUAUUAUCAGUGCUGCACUUGCUCAUAUGAUAUUGGGAGAAAAACUGCAUAUUUUUGGAAUAGUUGGUUGUGUUCUAUGUGUUGUGGGCUCAACAACCAUUGUUCUGCAUGCUCCUCAAGAACGUCAAAUUGAGUCUGUAAAGGAACUCUGGGACCUUGCCACGGAACCUGCAUUCCUCCUAUAUGCAACUUUGGUAAUAGUGGCAGUUGUCGUAAUCAUUGUCCAGUAUGCUCCAAAAUAUGGACAGACUCAUAUAAUUGCUUAUGUUGGAGUUUGUUCACUCGUUGGUUCUAUUGGGGUUAUGAGUGUCCAGGCACUAGGAAUAGCAUUAAAAUUAACGUUUUCUGGGACGAACCAGUUGUUGUAUCCUCAAACAUGGAUCUUUGCAGUUGUCGUAGUGACAUGCGUGUUAACACAAAUGAACUACUUAAACAAGGCUCUUGAUACAUUCAACACAGCACUUGUAUCACCAAUAUACUAUGUGACGUUUACAUCACUCACAAUAGUCGCCAGCGUCAUCAUGUUUAAGAUAAGACAUCCAGCCUUGAGGGAGCGCAUUAGAGUUGAAAUUCCAUCAACGCAUCUCAUGUUCCUCUAUGUCCAAAAUGCACCAAAAAAUGCAGGCAGGUGCCAUUCUCUAGAUAUCCGUGAUGGUUUAUCAACUCUCCAGACAUUCCGGCUUUCGCAUGCAUUCUUUACACUGAAUGGCAUGACCAGCUAAGUCCAAAAAUCGAGUGAAACAUGCUCCAAAAGUCUGCUGCAACAGUACAAUGGAUCGCUGAUGCUUUUCUGAGUUGGUCUUGCACUUGUAGCAUCUGUUGACUAUUUGAGGAAUUCUUCUUGAUAGAUUAUCCUGUGUUAGACAAGCGUCUUUUGAGACCUGUCCAACUGAAACGAAGUACUUGUCAGGCGCUUGGUCUUCCAAAUAUACUUCCAAGGCCAUUUGUCAAUCAUAGGAUUGCUGAAGGAGAAAUUAUAUCCAGCCUUGACGGAGUAUAGACCAAUGUCAGAAUUCCCCAUUUCAUUCUGUCUAUUAUCUGCAGCAUGUUUACUGCACAACUUUCUAACAAUAUGAGUAGUUGUAGUUUAUAUAUUUCUUUGAUUUUCUGUUAUAUAUUUAAAGUACAUGGCAAAUAAGUGACUAUGAAGUCUUUUUGAGAAAGCAACUACCUAUGUUCAUAAAAAUGGUCAAAAGCUGCAUUAUUAGGGUAUUCAGUGCAUUUUAUAAAGCAAUCAUUCACAUGCCUUCAAGCAUGAAAUGCUUAUUUACCCUGGCAAACCCACUGGAGCUUGUGGUUCAUGGAUAAGUUGCAAAUCUCUCCAUCCUCUCCUGCUUAUUGACCAUAAGUGCUUGUCUUAAUUACUGGAAUAGCUGCUUUCAAGUGUUGAGCCAUAGUGAUUGACAGUAGUUAAAUAUUUAGAUAAGUUCAACUUGCGUUUGAAAGGCAUCCUCUAUCUUCAACCAUCUUAUCUUCUUCUAAAUUGUCCUUCGUG